AUGCCAUUAAUGCCUGCUGCCGGACCGACAGACAAUGCUUUGUCGACCAAUUUAAUGACGGUCAAUGGAGCAGAUGGCAAGGAAAUACUGAAGUACUUGCUACCAAACCACGCUCUCCACAACGAAAGUGGAAUCGAAUUGAAGAUGCAACAAAUGAUGAAGGCUAUUAAAGGAACGUGUUCCAUUCAAAUGACCCAACAUCCAUUUGAGGGAAAUAGGAAACUUUUAGUGGUUGGAUUUGCUCUGGCUGCUUUGGCAUCUGCCCAAUAUGCACCAAGCUCAGAAUAUUUACCUCCAGCAUUACAAGAGGCUAGCCAGUCAUUGGACAUUGAGACUCCCUCAAGUGAAUAUUUAGCCCCUGCCGCUGUUGUCGAAGAACAAACUGUUCUGGCCGAUGAUGGUUAUCGCUACAAGACCGUGCGUCGCUCUCGUCACCGUCAAAGACGCGAUGUUAGCGAGUUGUCCCAAUAUUUGCCACCUGCACAAGAAGCAACUAUUGAAGUUGCUGCUCCUUCCAAUGAAUAUUUAGCUCCUGCCGCUGUUGCCGAAGAACAAACUGUUCUGGCCGAUGAUGGUUACCGCUACAAGACCGUACGACGCCUUCGUCACCGUCAAAGACGCGAUGUUAGCGAGUUGUCCCAAUAUUUGCCACCUGCACAAGAAGCAACUAUUGAAGUUGCUGCUCCUUCCAAUGAAUAUUUAGCUCCUGCCGCUGUUGCCGAAGAACAAACUGUUCUAGCCGAUGAUGGUUACCGCUACAAGACCGUACGUCGCCUUCGUCACCGUCAAAGACGCGAUGUUAGCGAGUUGUCCCAAUAUUUGCCACCUGCGCAAGAAGCAACAAUUGAAGUUUCUACUCCUUCCAAUGAAUAUUUAGCUCCUGCCGCUGUUGCCGAAGAACAAACUGUUCUGGCCGAUGAUGGUUAUCGCUACAAGACCGUACGUCGCCUUCGUCAUCGUCAAAGACGCGAUGUUAGCGAGUUGUCCCAAUAUUUGCCACCUGCACAAGAAGCAACUAUUGAAGUUGCUGCUCCUUCCAAUGAAUAUUUAGCUCCUGCCGCUGUUGCCGAAGAACAAACUGUUCUAGCCGAUGAUGGUUACCGCUACAAGAUCGUACGUCGCCUUCGUCACCGUCAAAGACGCGAUGUUAGCGAGUUGUCCCAAUAUUUGCCACCUGCACAAGAAGCAACUAUUGAAGUUUCUGCUCCUUCGAAUGAAUAUUUAGCUCCUGCCGCUGUUACCGAAGAACAAACUGUUCUGGCCGAUGAUGGUUAUCGCUACAAGACCGUACGUCGCCUUCGUCACCGUCAAAGACGCGAUGUUAGCGAGUUGUCCCAAUAUUUGCCACCUGCACAAGAAGCAACUAUUGAAGUUGCUGCUCCUUCGAAUGAAUAUUUAGCUCCUGCCGCUGUUGUCGGAGAACAAACUGUUCUGACCGAUGAUGGUUAUCGCUACAAGACCGUACGUCGCCUUCGUCACCGUCAAAGACGCGAUGUUAGCGAGUUGUCCCAAUAUUUGCCACCUGCACAAGAAGCAACUAUUGAAGUUGCUGCUCCUUCCAAUGAAUAUUUAGCUCCUGCCGCUGUUGCCGAAGAAAAAACUGUUCUGGCCGAUGAUGGUUACCGCUACAAGACAGUGCGUCGCCUACGUCACCGUCAAAGACGUGAUGUUAGCGAGUUGUCCCAAUAUUUGCCACCUGCACAAGAAGCAACUAUUGAAGUUGCUGCUCCUUCGAAUGAAUAUUUAGCUCCUGCCGCUGUUGCCGAAGAACAAACUGUUCUGGCCGAUGAUGGUUAUCGCUACAAGGCCGUUAAGAAACUCAAAGUUCGUCGUCAUUAG